UCGAGCCAUGACAAUUGUUGAUAAUCUACUGGAGUUAUUUUUUUCCUUUGGAGUGAAAUUAUUUUAAGACAGGCCCUUCCCCUCCGGGGGGCUUUUGUACCACACCACAACGAACAGAAAAACCGACUUGCAUGAAGGGCUAAUGGAAAAUCCAAGAGAUAUGGCUGAGCACACUCCCCGCUCAGAACGGAAGAGGAGAGAUUCGUUUGGGAUGUUUGAUGGGUAUGACAGCUGCAGUGAAGACAGCAGUAGCAGCUCGAGCUCAGAGGACAGUGAGGAUGAGGUGCCGAGCAUCCCCGCCAGCUUGCCUAUCAUCAAAAACAACGGCCAGGUGUACACCUAUCCUGAUGGAAAAGCAGGAAUGGCGACCUGUGAGAUGUGUGGUAUGGUUGGUGUUCGGGAUGCUUUCUACUCUAAAACAAAGAGAUUCUGCAGUGUGUCCUGCUCUAGAAGCUAUUCCUCCAAUUCUAAAAAGGCCAGUAUACUGGCGAGACUUCAGGGUAAACCACCAACUAAAAAGUCAAAGAUCUUACAGAAACAGCCAUUAAUGGCAAAGUUGGCAGCUUAUGCACAGUAUCAAGCAAAUCAACAGAACCAAGCUAAAUCAAAAUCAGUGGUUCCUGUUGAAGGCUUUGACUGGGGUCAAUACGUCUGUAGCAAUAAUCUGGUUGGGGCACCAGUCAGCAGUUUUAAACAUGUGCCCAUGGGUUUGUGCUGGGGUGACAUCGCUGAGGGAGUGAGGGUGGAGGUCCUGAACUCAGACACAAACCUCUCCACAAAAGUUUACUGGGUAGCAGAGAUUAUAAAACUGGCAGGCUUUAAAGCUCUCCUCCGUUAUGAGGGUUUUGAUAACGACACAAGCAGAGACUUCUGGUGUAAUCUGUGUAUCCCAGAAAUCCACCCUGUUGGAUGGUGUGCUUCUAGUGGAAAACCACUGGUUCCUCCUAAAUCCAUCCAACACAAGUAUUCAAACUGGAAGGCCUUUCUUGUGAAACGACUCACUGGAGCCAAAACCCUUCCAGCGGAUUUUGCCACAAAGGUGCAUGAGAACAUGCAGUACCCGUUUAAGAAACUAAUGCGUGUGGAAGUGGUGGAUAAGACCCACCUGUGCCGGACACGUGUGGCCCUGGUGGAACAGGUGAUCGGUGGGCGUCUGCGUCUGGUCUACGAGGAGAGUCAAGAUGGCACUGAUGACUUUUGGUGUCACAUGUUCAGUCCACUCAUCCACUCCAUCGGCUGGUCCCGAAGCAUCGGACACCGUUUUAAAAGAUCUGAAGUGUCGAAGAAAAUGGAGGGACAGAUGGAUGCUCCUUCACAGUUGUUUAUUAAGGUGAAGGAUGUAGACCAGAACGGUGAUUGGUUCAAAGACGGGAUGAAGUUAGAGGCGAUAGACCCUCUCAAUCUUUCAGCUAUAUGUGUUGCUACUGUACGAAAGGUAUUGGCAGACGGGUACCUUAUGAUUGGGAUUGAUGGGUCUGAGGCUGCAGAUGGCUCAGACUGGUUCUGCUACCACUCCACCUCACCCUCCAUCUUUCCUGUCGGCUUCUGUGAAAUCAACAGCAUCGAUUUCACGCCCCCAAGAGGGUACACCAAGCUCCCUUUCAAAUGGUUCGACUACCUCAGAGAAGUGGGUGCAGUUGCAGCCCCUGUGAAGCUCUUUAACAAAGAAGUGCCGAAUCACGGUUUCCGCCCAGGGAUGAAACUGGAGGCAGUGGACCUGAUGGAGCCGCGACUGGUGUGUGUUGCCACGGUAACCAGGAUCGUCCACAGACUCCUGCGCAUUCACUUUGAUGGCUGGGAGGAUGAGUACGAUCAGUGGGUGGACUGUGAGUCUCCAGAUCUUUACCCGAUUGGCUGGUGCCAACUGACCGGAUAUCAGCUACAGCCCCCCGCCGCACAGACCAUAAGAGAAACACCACCGAAUGUCUCAAAACAGAAAAAGAAGGCUGCACAGUAUAAGGGACAAAAGAAAAAGAGGAAGAUUCCAGUUGGGAGGAGGCCGAUCGGUUUGGGUGGGCCUCUGAGGAGGAGGAGCUUCUCGGGUGAUGAAGAGCAGACUCCGCCCCAUUACCUGUCCCACUACUCUGGGUCCGGGCGACCUCCCGCUUCAGGUGUAGAGCAUGAUCACGCACUCAACUCAGAAGCCUCACUGCAGUUAAAAGAGGAGACUCCAGAGAUCGAUGAGUUCACCUUCUCACAGGGCAUCUCAGACCAGGAAAGCAACGGCUCAGGCAGUUAUUACAUCCGACAGGAGCCCUGAGCAUCAUCAGCCAUCACCGAGGCUCAACCUCACUGCCAACAGCACUGGAAAAAUCCCACUCUGAGCGAUGCACACCAGACCUGGGAGAUGAGACAGUGACCUCCCCUACACACCAGGUCUCUCUCGUUUUUCAUUUUCAGGUUCAAUCAGCUGAACAACAGACGUUUUUCUGAUCUGAGAGAAAACAGUGUUUGAAGAGGGAAUUUGUUCGGAACUGAGAUACUGACUUACUGACUUUCCGUUUGCCCGAUGGACUUUUUUGUUUUUCUCCUCAGUGUUCAUUGUACUUGAAGUUUUCUUGGCUGUUUUUUUUCUUCUUCUUUGUUUCCCCUGUUUUCCCUUUUGGUGAAAAAGUUGAUUUUGUUUUUUGUAAGAUUUUAGUACCACGUGUAUUUCUCGCGCUGUUUGGUUUGGAUGGAUGUGCAUUUGAUAAGAGUAGUAGAAAUCUAUAUUGAGACAGUAUAUUCAUACGUGUGUGACAUUCAUAUUAAAAACACUCACGCGUUCACAUAAAAUAUUUAAAGGUAUAUAGGUGUGGAAUGAGGGAUGAUGGUAUUUGAAAUCAAACCUUACUGGUAUGAAAAGCGGGCUUAUGGAAAACACUCACAAUUUGCACUACAGGGAAAGGAAUACGCAUCGGCUUAUAAAAUGACUUUAUGGUAUUAUCUAAACUUAAUUAUAGAUGUGGGAUGUGCUCAAGUCAAAUAAAGAUUAUGUUAUGCAAAAACAAAGAAAAACGUUGACGCCAAUGAUGGAUUCAUACUUAAGAGCCAUUUUUAUAUGGGACAGUUUUAAGUAUUUUGUGAGCCGCGGAAUAAAGGUAAGCAAUCGUUGCUACCUGAACACUACCUUUCUGUCAUGUUUGAUGUGACAGCACAGUCGAGUAUUCUUCCAGAACACUCACGGUAUGUUUUUAGUGGUAAAACCGUCAAAUGCGAACAAUUUAGCGCCAGCGUAUCUGUUUACCAGCCCUCCUGCCCGUGCAGACCAGUGAUCAAGCGCUAACUUGAGAGGAUUUGUGCAUCUCAUGUAUUUUAUUCACAGCGUUAAUUCCAGAAGAUAUUUGUACUACCUCUAUAAGCAAGCGGUUUUUAAAACACAGGUCGAGAGGUUGUUCAAUUAGCUCCUCCGCCUCGCUAAUGUUGCAAUAGGUAGUUUUCACGCUCCGUUCGAAAGGGUAUAUUCAUGUAUAUUUUAUGCAACAGAACACAUGGCUUGUUUCACAGCAGAAAUCUAAACAUCAUUUAUAUUUGUAUCAUAGCAUGUUAUUGACAGAGUCCUUGACGUGGAAGAAAGAAUGUUAUGCAAUAAUGUCUGUUGUUUUAUGAUGUCUUACUCUGAAAAAAAUCACACAACUCAUUAAAAUAUAUAGACUAGAGACUAUAGACUUUAAUCAAAUAUUCUUACAAUAUAUUACAAAACUGUGACAAUUUUCUAAGAGCUAGACUUGAGCUUUCCCUGUUCUGAGUGUAUAUAACCUUUAUAACAUCAUAUAGAAUACAACCAAUAUUACAUUUGCAUAGUUGUUUAUCUUAGUAUGAUUCAAAGCUCUAUUCAGUACCAGUAAGGUUGUUGGUGAACUCUCAGGAAACGUAUUUCAUUGACUUCUGCUUUAUUUGAAGGUUGGCGGCUAAAUGCUUCUGAUUUCAUUCGAUUCGAUUUAAUGCUACAGCUUUGUUUUUGAUAUUUGAAGCUCCUGACAAAUGUGACCAUGUACUCAUUUCCUCUCAACCUUGAUCUCAUUUAUCAGUUUUUAUAAAUGCUUUACUAAACGUUGGUAAACGGUCACCUAAAUGUUCCAGUUGUAUCCAUGUUAAAUUAUGAUUCAUUGUAUAAAGGAUCCAAUGUUUCUUUCGCCCCUCUCUGUCUUUUUCGUUCUUUCUUGUAUAUCGGGUUGAAACAAAUGUUUGUCCUGAAUUGAUUUUAUUUUUGUUUCUUAAGUAGCUGUUGUGUUGUAUGCAUGUGUAGUUUGUUUAAGGCACUGUCAUUUAUUUAAUUAAUCAAACUGGGACUUAAUAGACUUAUUUUACAUCAACAUCUGCAUACUUUAGUUUUGUCAUGCUGGUACCGUUUUUGUUCGUUUCCCUCAUGAAUCCCAUUCAUAGCGUCAGGAUUUAGGUACACACUGGUUAUGAUCAUGUACAAGUCAUCACAUUUUUUUUCAUUCGAAGACCAAAUUCCUUCAAUCGUUCGCAUUUAUUAAACAUGACUGUUGGGGCAAAUUCAGCUGCUACCCUCAAAAGAAUUGAAAUUCUAACGCACAACUUCACCUUUAAGUAAACCCUCUCUCGUCUGCGAAUUUGAUGCCUUAUCCUCCGUGUUGUUUUGUCUCAUAAGAAAAGCUAUGGAUUUAAAAAUAGAGAAGCAGAAUAGAAAAUAUAAACACAGUUUAUGUCGUCCAGUAGAGUGAUGAUUAUCAGUGCAUGCAGCAAUGUGAGAAUCUUACGAGGGCCAGUCGCUGUUCUGGUCUUGAUACUAACACGGGUUUUUGUGGCGUUCCCUCUGUCCUCAGUAAUCACAUCAUGGUGCUAUAUAUAUAUUUGAUAAUUCAUUCAUUAGGUCUAUUAAAGAAAAAUAACGUCUGUAAUUAUAAGUUGGAAAGUGGGUGAUUAUUAACUUCAGAUCUGUAUUUUGGAUACAAGUAGCUGAAUCAUUUGAUAUAAUAUUAAUAAUAACGAAAAAAGAACUAACGUCAACCCUCAUUGUACUUAGACGUGAGGGUGUCGGGUUUGUAACUUUUUGAUAGUCUGUAUCUGGUCUUUGCUUUAUUUCUAAUGAUGAUGAUGAUGAUGUGUUCUGUGAUAUAUAUAGGGUUUGAUAGCUUAUAUAUGUAUAUAGUUUAACUGUGGGGGAAAAGUUUUGUUGAUUGAAUUUUAUGUUCAUUUGUUUACAAGCAUUUCAAACUGUUUCCGCAUGGCUGUGAAAGUGUAUCUGUUGAAUUUGAAAAAUAACUUUUUACACUGAAUUAAAAGGAUAUUAAAACGUU